AUGAUGACAUUUUUGGCCGAUCUACCGGCGAAAUGCACCACGAUCGCUCAUCUUAUCCAGAAGAACAGCAAAGAACUGUCUGACGCAAAGAGCGCAUUGUCCUCUGCCACAUCAGAGCUUUCCGCAGUUAAAGAAAUCAGAGAUGUUCUCUUCGCCUUGGUGGAGAAACUGUGGUUGUUGCUAUGCACGUACGAGCACCAGCAGGGAGCGUCGCACCGAGAGCGUCAGACCAUGGAAUUUGCCCUCGACUUAGCCCUCGCACGGUUUGAUCUUCUUACUCUUAGAAUCGACCGUGAUAACCUACGACAGGAAAAUGCUCAACUGCAAGAGGCGCUCCGGAUAAGAAUGGCAGAAGAGACACUUCCACUUCCAGUCGCUAGCCGUGCGACCGAGGGCCGUUCCGAAACGUCUGACGACCAUUCAACAUCCACGACCGAGCCUACUUGA